UAAAAAUUUCUCUCACUCCUCAGAAAAAACCCAUUUCUCUCCGUCUCUGAAACCCUAACUCUCCCAUUUCCCCCUCUCUAAACCUUCAUCAUCUCCCUCAGAAACUCCAAUUUCUUACUCCAAACCUCCAUUUUCAUACUCUAUUCACUCCAAAUCUCUAUUUUCUUACCCCCAAACCCUUUUUCUUGAAACCCUAUUGAACCCUAAAUCUCCAUUUUCAGAUGGCAAUUACACCUGCUAGCCGGAAAAGAGGAAGAAAACCAAAGGAGGAUGAUCCUCCAGAACCUAAGAGGAAUAGAACAACGCUUAAAAUCAAAGAGCCAGAAGCUGAACCUAGUUCUGCAGUAGAUCUAAAGACCAAAUCAAAAGAGGCGAAAACAGCUAAAGGAAAAGGUAAAGAGGUUGUUCUUGAUUUACCAGACAAGAAGAAGAAAUCAACAAGUAAAUCUGAGGCGAAAUCUGAAGGUAAAAGACCAAGGAAGAGAACAGAUGGUCCGUUGAAGAAAUUAAAGAGUGUGAUAAGUAAAUGUAAGAAGAAGGUUGGUGUAAAACAAGAAGACGAAGAAGAGGAGGUUGCAGAUCUAGUUAUUGAUAACCCUGAGGAUGCCGUAGAUGAGGAAGAAGAAAUUGAAGAUGUCCCUGUGGAGAAAAUGAAGAGGAAGGUUAAUAAAUCUGAGAAACAGAAUGAGAAUUGCCGUUUAAUUGGUGAACCGGUACCUAUUGAAGAGGCUAGACAAAGAUGGCCUGUCAGAUAUGAUGCAGAAAAGAUAAGGGAAGGUGGUGAAGGUUAUCUGCAUGUGAGACGGCACUUCACUAGUGCUCAAGUAGAUGGUGAGAUUUACCAGUUGGGAGACUGUUGUCAUAUCAAGGCUGAAGAUGGAGAGCCAGAUUAUAUAGGAAGAAUCGUUGAAUUCUUUGAAACUACUAAGAAGAUACCUUACAUUGCUGUAAAAUGGUUCUUCCGAGCAGCAGACACUGUCAUCAAAGAACACUCUUACCUAAUUGACACAAAACGCGUAUUCUCUUCUGACUCUGGAGAUGACAAUCCACUCAAUUGUAUUCUUUCCAAAAUUACUGUUGCUCAAGCAUCCUUCUUGGUCCCCGACUGUCAUUAUUAUUAUGACAUGUCCUAUUGCGAAGAACUUCGUACGUUUGAAAAUCGACAAACAGAAAAUGGGAAAGAAGCUAGUACAUCAUCCACUGCAGUUUCAAAGGAGGGUUGUUCGAAAGUCUUUGAGGAAGAUACUGCUGAGCCUGAUAAAGUUAUGAUGCUUCUUGACAUGUAUGCUGGUUGUGGUGGAAUGUCCACAGGCCUGUGCAUGGGUGCAGCUGCAUCCGGUGUCAACCUUGUCACUAGAUGGGCGGUAGAUUUUAACGAAGACGCUUGCGAAAGUCUUCGCUACAAUCAUCCUGAAGCCGAGGUGCGAAAUAUGAAGGCGGAAGACUUUCUGCAUUUGCUCUAUGAGUGGAAAGAUCUCUGUGCUCGUUUCCAUUUGUUGGGGACUGAUUAUAACAAAACAAAAAAACCAACUGAGAACAAAGAGAAGGAAGAAACUGAAGAAGAGGCGCAGAGACGUCCUCCAGAUGAAAAUGGAGAAUAUGAAGUUGAGAGGAUAAUAGGUAUAUAUUACGGAGUUAACCCCGAUACAGAUGAAGGGACUGCUGCCUUACACUUUAAGGUAAAGUGGAAGGGGUGGGGCUCCGAUUGGGAUUCAUGGGAGCCUUUUUCAGAGCUCACGAAAUGUGAGGACUGCAUUGAGGAAUUUGUUACUGCUGGAUACCAGUCUAAUAUAUUGCCUCUCCCUGGUACUGUGGAUGUAGUAUGUGGUGGACCCCCCUGUCAGGGAAUCUCUGGGUUCAACAGGUUUAGGAAUUAUGAGGAGCCGUUAAAGGACCCCAAAAAUUAUCAGCUUGUUGUGUUUAUGGAUAUUGUGAAGUUUCUUCAGCCAAAGUUCACUCUCAUGGAGAACGUAGUAGACAUCAUGAGAUUUUUGGGUGGAACGCUUGGUCGGUAUGCCAUGGGAAGGCUUGUCGCAAUGCAGUACCAAGUUCGUCUUGGUUUAUUGAUAGCUGGAAGUUAUGGGCUACCACAGUUUCGUAUGCGCACCUUUCUUUGGGGUGCCAAAAUGACAGAGAAACUACCACAAUUCCCUCUUCCGACCCAUAAGGUUAUUGCUCGUGGGUUUAGCCCUAAGGAGUUUGAGCGAAAUGUUGUAAAGGGGAAUGAAGAGUAUACUCUGCAGCUGAAGGAUGCAUUGGUUCUUAAAGAUGCAAUUUUUGAUUUGCCUGAGAUUACAACUCAUGAAAUCCAGGAUGAGAGGGACUAUGGUAAUGAUAUUCAUACGACAGACUUGACAGACUUUCAGAAGAUGAUUCGCUUGCCAAAGCACAAGUUGAUGGGGUCAGCUUACCCAGAGGAAUCAGGGACUUUAAAGCUUUUUGAUCACAUGCCUCUGAAACUAAGCGAAGAUGAUAAUCUUCGGGUUUCUAAGAUCCCCAGGGAAAAGGGCGCGAACUUCAGAAACCUCCCUGGAGUGAUUGUUGAUGGGAACAAGGCAUGUCGUGAUCCAAAGAUGGCCAAAGUAAUGAUUGAAAAAUCUGGAAAGCCAUUGGUACCUGAGUAUGCCAUAAAAUUUGUCAGGGGAACUUCCAAAAAGCCAUUUGGAAGACUCUGGUGGGAUGAAAUCGUGUCUACCGUUGUGACACGUGCUGAGCCACAUAACCAGAUAAUAUUGCAUCCUGAACAAGACCGGGUGUUAUCAAUCAGGGAGAAUGCUCGUCUUCAAGGUUUUCCAGAUUUUUAUCGUCUGUUUGGUACUGUGAAGCAGAGGUACAUGCAAGUUGGAAAUGCCGUGGCUGUACCAGUAGGAAAAGCUCUGGGAUUUUCUCUUGCAAAGGCUGUAAACAAUACUUCUGGCAGUGGACAGGUUUUUGAACUCCCUCCAUCCUUCUCAAGAUGAACAGGAUUAAAACAGUUAGAGUUUGACUUCUGUAAAAAGGUUCGGUGAUGACGCCAAAUAACAAUUUGAAUGAGGAUUUGAGUAAUUCUUGUGGGUUCUUGAUUCAAAAACACAUUGAUUUAUCUCUUUGCUGUCUCUUGUAGUUGUAGUACAAUCCUGAGCAGCAGCACAUUUAGCUCUUUAGUACUGUAACUUUUGGAUCUACUUUCUUCUGAAGAGAAAUUCGGUUUUUCA